AUGUUCAAGUGGGCGCAACAAAAGCUCGCCGAUGUGGCGGGUACCCAAGAACCCAUCUACGGCCCAACAGCUAUCAAAUCUGUCGCCGAGGAGGCCAAGACGACCACCCACACAGAGACCACCAAGGAGGACUUGAAAUGGAUUGCGGCCGACUCGACCUCUGUUGAGACGCAGAGCUUCUACCUGAUGGGCGACAACGGACACCUUGGGCUGGCCCAGAUCAUCUACAGUAACGUUGGUGGCAUCCGCACAACAUGCCAGUUCAACGCCAAGAUCUUCUACCCUAAUAAGUCGAAGCCGACGCUCUGGGAGACCACACAGCUCAGCCACUACGAGGUGAGCGAGGACCGAAUGUCCUUCUACGCCGAUGACUGCGCCGUCGAGCUGUCCGAGGACGGCACUUACUACACGAUCAAGAGCAUGAACGCGGAGAACGCCAUUGUCAACCUCAAGGUCACCCGCAUGUCGCCCGGCUUCCACGCCGGCAAGACGGGCAAGACGCUGUUCGGCACCGACAUGUCGAAGCCGUGGGGCACCAUGCGCCACGCCUUCUGGCCGCGCUGCAUCACCGAGGGCACCAUCACCACCAAGGACGGCGCCGUCGACUUCAAGGGCCGGGCCUUUUACGUGUACGCGCUGCAGGGCAUGAAGCCUCACCACGCGGCGGCCAAGUGGAACUUUGUCGACUUCCAGGGCCCCAACUACUCGGCCGUCAUGAUGGAGUACACCACCCCUCCCUCGUACGGCUCGACGACCGUCAGCGUCGGCGGUAUCGCCAAGGACGGCGAGAUGAUUUAUGGCGGCGUCACCCAGACGGCCAAGCACACCAAGGCGAAGAACGACUCCGUCAACGAGUGGCCCGAGCCCGAGGAGAUCAAGUUCACCUGGUCCGGCAAGGACAAGGAUGGAAAGGCUGUGGAGGGCAUCAUCGAAGGCCCGCUCGGCGAGAGGCUGGACAGAGUUGACGUACUGGCUGAGGUCCCCGGCUUCGUCAAGAAGAUAGUAGCUGGCACGGCCGGCACCAAGCCAUACAUCUACCAGUACUGCCCGACAGAGAAGAAGCUCACCUUGAAGCUCAAGAUUGGAGACCAAGAAAUCUCCGAAGAGGGUCUCUGCUUCAGCGAGGCCACCUUCAUCUCCGAAUAG